UCCCUUUAUUAUUCUCUGCUCUACCUAAAACCAGAACCGAACACUCUUUACCCCCGUUUAGUCUACAGACUUUCAGACUUUAUUUCGACUUCUCUGCUUGCUUCGGGUUUAAAGUGAGUGGCGAGGGCAGCCGYCGCAGAGGACAAAUGGAAACCUGAUGAAAAAUAGGUUUCAUUUGUUUUUGAUUAGACCCUUCGAAGCCGUCGGUGAGGGUUUCCUCUCUUCUUCUCCUUUUUCCCGAUUUUUUUUUCUUUAUCCUUCGUGGCGUGGGCGUCCUCUGUUGAAUUCAUCAUCUCCAUGAUCUUUUAACUUUUAUAGCUGAAAGUGUAAUAUGUUUCUGGCCUCGAAAGAGAAACUUUGAAACAGAAGAGAAGAUAUGGCAGUUGCCGCACAUGGGUUGUCUUCCCUAAUGGAAUUGGGCUUUCCCUUGUAUCCUUCUCGUUCAUUUCCAGGUUAUCGUUCCGUUGUUUCUCGCUUCAGCUCAAGUGAUUUUUUCUGGAAUUCAGUUUCUUCUAGGGUCUCAAUUAGCAUCUGCAACCGUAAAAAUUCUACCUUUAUUGCUCCCAGAAGGAGUAGACUUGAGGAAUUCAGGUUGUUUGGGUCGGUUGAAUUGGACCGUUUUGUGACGAGUAACGACGAAGAUAAAAUGAGUGAGGGAUUCUUUGAAGCAAUUGAAGAAUUGGAACGCAUGGUAAGAGAACCUGCCGAUGUUCUUGAGGAUAUGAAUGACCGGCUCUCUUCCCGGGAAUUCCAAUUGGUGUUGGUGUACUUCUCUCAAGAGGGGAGGGAUUCCUGGUGUGCACUGGAGGUGUUUGAGUGGCUUCGCAAGGAAAACAGGGUCGAUAAGGAGACUAUGGAGCUUAUGGUUUCGAUUAUGUGCGAUUGGGUUAAGAAGCUCAUCGAGGGUGAACAUGUUGUUGGCGAUGUAGUCGACCUUCUUGUGGAAAUGGAUUGUGUCGGUCUUAAGCCAAGCUUUAGUAUGAUAGAGAAAGUCAUUUCUUUGUAUUGGGAGACAGGGAGGAAGGAGGAAGCGAUUUCGUUCGUGAAAGAGGUUCUGAGGCGGGGAAUCUCUUGUACCAAGGACGACGGGGAGAAUCAAAAAGGAGGCCCAACUGGGUAUCUUGCUUGGAGGAUGAUGGUGGAGGGAAACUACYGGGAUGCUGUUAAAUUGGUGAUUAACUUCAGGGAAUGUGGAUUGAAGCCUGAGAUUUACAGCUACUUUAUAGCAAUGACAGCAGUGGUUAAAGAGCUGAAUGAGUUCUCAAAAGCUUUACGCAAAUUAAAAGGUUUCAUGACAGCCGGUUUGGUAGCUGAACUUGAUAUAGAAAAUGUGAGGCUUGUUGAGGAGUAUCAGUCAGAUCUUCUAGAGGAUGGAGUCCUCUUGUCCAAUUGGGUAUUGCAAGAAGGAAAUUCUACACAUUCUGGGCUUGUUCAUGAGAGGCUUCUCGCCAUGUAUGUCUGUGCUGGUCGAGGACUUGAGGCAGAACAACAAUUGUGGGAAAUGAAGCUUGUGGGCAAGGAGGCAGACAAAGAGCUUUGUGACAUUGUGUUAGCUAUCUGUGCUUCCCAAAAAGAAGAAGGUUCCAUUACACGUUUGCUUACUAGGAUGGAAGUUGCAAGUUCAUUGAGUAGAAAGAGAACUUUAUCAUGGCUGUUGAGAGGAUACAUCAAAGGCGGACAUUUUGAGGAUGCCUCUGAAACAAUCAUAAAAAUGCUCAACUUUAACCUGUAUCCUGAGUAUUUGGACAGGGCAGCCGUGCUGCAGGGAUUGAGAAAAGGGAUUCAACAAUCUGGAAAUAUUGAGCCUUAUCUCAAGCUUUGCAAGUGCCUCUCUGAUGCAGAUCUCAUUGGACCUUGUCUUGUUUAUCUGUAUAUGAACGGCUAUAAACUUUGGAUUAUAAAAACGCUGUGAAAAGUCUAAUGGAAUUAGACUUGUCUUGUUUAUCUCUCAUACACAGAUUUUCUCCUGGCAUUUCUCUGUAAACUUGUAUAGAUGAGGAUGAAUGCAGAGUGGCAGUAAACAUCGAGCAUAUCAGUUUGAACAUAGUCUGGGAAUUAGACUUCUCUGGAUAUGCUAUUGUUCGGUUUAUAUAUACAUUUAUAGACUGGAAGCUUGUAAUACAUAAUAAUAAGUUCCCAAUAUACUUGUAAACAUAAUAAAGCUCCUCUUUAAUCAAUGUAAUUGGAUCGUUUGGUGCAUAUAUUUCAA